CUUUUACUUUGAAUGUCGUCAUACUUGGAGAACCUCCGGUGGUGAUUGCAAAUGUUUAACAGUUGUGUUUUUUCCACUGCUCUGCCACUGUGCGUGAAGGUAUAACAUCGACUAUGGAUGCUGCCAGUUUCAGGGAUUGUGAGGCAUGGAGGGCCCAGGGUCUUCAGCUGUCCACCACCAGCAAUGAGGCCUGUAAACUAUAUGAUGCCAUCCUCACGCAGUAUGUGAAGUGGAGGAAUGACGAGACCUUGGGAGGAAUUGAAGGAUGCAUUUCCUCCCUCCAAAAAGUUGACCCCAACUUUGUUAUGGGCCACGUGAUCAGCACAGGACUGGAGUUGGUGUCAACAGCAAGUUCCCCCCGACUGAAUGAACGUCUAGUCAGUGCAGUGAGGAAAACAGUGGAGCUGUCCAAAACCCAGGAAAUCACUCCCAGAGAGAGGCUUCAUGUCAAGGCAAUGGAGCUUUUCUCACAGGGACAAUUAUCCAAGUCCUGUGAUGUAUGGGAAGACAUUCUGGUUGAUCACCCUACUGAUUUGCUGGCUCUAAAAUUUGCCCAUGAUGGCUACUUCUACCUGGGAGCCCAGGCCCCAAUGAGGGACUCAGUGUCCAGAGUGCUGCCUCACUGGAAACCACACAUACCAUUGUCCGGUUAUAUACAUGGAUUACAUUCCUUUGGCCUCAUGGAGACUCAUUUCUAUGACCAGGCUGAGAAGACUGCCAUGAAGGGCCUCUCUCUGGUUCCAGAUGAUGCCUGGUCUGUCCACACUGUGGCUCAUAUUUAUGAGAUGAAGGCAGAGUUGGACAAAGGCUUGAAGUUCAUGGAGAGCAGAGAGAAAGAGUGGCAAGUAAGAGUCCCAUGGUUUUUUUAAAUUUAUUUAUGGAUUGUUUCCCGUAACCACGAGAAUCUC